UAUAAAUUUGGAAAACUUGAAAUCUUUUUGGCCUGGCGUUUUUGAUUCCUCAUGUCGUACAUAUAUUGGUUUAUUUUUCGAAGCCUGUUGAUUGUUGCAGUGGUUUGAUAUAUUUCGCUCAGUGAUUGUUUUGUUAUUGCGGAAUCAUCACCUCUGAAUAACUUGGAGAAUGCUAAUCGCAGUGGAAGGAUGCUGCCAUGGCGAGUUGGACAGGAUUUACGAUACCCUCGACCUGAUUGCCAGAGAACAUGGAAAGAAAGUUGAUUUGUUAAUAUGUUGCGGAGAUUUCCAGGCCGUUCGAAACGUCUAUGAUCUUUCAUGCAUGGCCGUGCCCCCAAAAUAUCUGGCCAUCAACACGUUCUACAAGUAUUACAGCGGCGAAAAGGUGGCACCCAUCCCCACGGUGUUUAUUGGUGGCAAUCACGAAGCCUCGAACCAUCUGCAGGAGUUGGCGUACGGUGGCUGGGUCGCCCCCAAUAUUUACUAUCUGGGCAAUGCAGGCGUUGUUAAUUUCGGGGGCCUGCGUAUUGCGGGAGUAUCGGGAAUUUAUAAAGGCUGCGAUUAUUUGCGGGGACACUGUGAGGUGCCGCCGUUUGAUGAAAACACCAAGCGCAGCAUCUAUCAUGUACGACAACUGGAAAUCUUCCGCUUGAAACAGAUCUCCCGGCCAGUAGAUGUUUUUAUCUCGCAUGACUGGCCGCUGGGUGUUACGGAACAUGGCGAUAUCGAAACGCUGCUCUAUUAUAAACCCUACUUUAAAGAUGAUCUCGAUCGAGGUCAGUUGGGCAAUCCCGCCACAUGGGAAGUUCUGCAGAAAGUCAAACCGCGAUACUGGUUUUCUGCGCACCUCCAUGCCAAGUUUUCCGCUUUGGUCAAGCAUGAUGGGGAAAAUGGCGGGGAGACUAGGUUUCUGGCGUUGGACAAGUGUUUGCCUCAUAAGCGCUUCUUGCAAAUAUUGGAUGUGGCUCCUGCAUCAGAAAAUAUCGGCGAUCUAUCGUUUUCUUUUGAUCCCGAAUGGUUGGGUAUCCUGAAAGAUACAGAUCACUUAUGGCAUUUUGAACCGACCAUCUACUAUCUGCCUGGGCCGGGCAGUAGUGAACGGCACGAUUUCACACAGUCCGACGAGGACUGCGCCAAGAUGAUCGCGGCAUUGGGGAAUCUGCAGAUUGAUCCCGCCAAUUUUCAACGCGUGGCACCCUCUCAUGAGGCCGCAUGGGGCGAAGGAACGCUAGACCAGAUUGUACGGUACAUGGAACAAAUCGGGAUACCCACGCCGCCUGUCAAAAGUUAUCCCAAUCCGCAAACGACGCUACUGUGCGAGAAGGUAGGCAUAAGAGAUCCGCUGGCAGAGUUGACCAAGAUAGCCGAAACCAAUGCGGAUAAGCUGAAGUUGACAUCGGAUCUGUCCGGACCUGGCAGCCAAGUUGGUAGCGAUGAAGUGCGCGAUGAUACUGCCUCGGCGCAGAAUGGUGAAGGGGCCGAAACCGAAGGGGAGCAACCGCUAGAGGGGGCUGAAGUUCAAGCGGAAGCUGCUGACACUGCGGAAUCCUUCGAAAAUGGGAACCACGAAGACGAGCCUUUGGCGAAGAAGAUGAAAGUUGGCAAUGAAGAAGAAGUUGUUGAAUGAAAACGGAAUUGUUACUUUUAUCUUGUUUAGUUUUUACGGGCAAGGAUUACGGAUUCUGUUCACUUUUUUACUCGCAGUGGUCAGUACCUGUUGCAAAACUGUAUUUGUACUAGUUCUUGUUUUGUCAUGGUUUAUUCAACUUUGAGGUAUGACUUACAUUCCGCGCUCGUUAUGACAAUAUAUAAUUAAUGAAUAUCUA